AUGUCAGCAAAUUCAACACAACACAGCCAUAGCGAAGGGCGACCCAAGGUUCUUAUCGCUGGAGGAGGACUGGGAGGUCUUACCAUGGGCCUGCUUCUUCACAAGGCCGGUAUUCCCUUUGAAAUCUAUGAGCGCGCCACCGACGUCAAGCCCCUCGGCUCAUCGAUGUUCCUGAACAGCACGACGGCUUCUUUUUUCAAACAAUGCGGGAUCUACGAUGAGUUUGUCGCCAUUGGCAAAUAUGCUUCCAAUAUCCUAAUGUGUACCGAGGAACGCAAGGUUGAUUUCACCAUGGAGUUUGCACAACACGAGAAAGAAUUUGGCGCAAAGGGCUACAUGGUCACCCGCCCACAAUUCUACGGCCUGCUCCAGCGCCACAUGCCCAAGGAACACGUCCACACCGGCAAGAAGAUCGUUGGUAUGGACCAAAACGACGAAGGCGUCGUCCUUCGUUUCAGCGACGGAACCGAAGCAAGGGGUGAUAUCCUUAUCGGAGCCGACGGAGCUUAUAGUGCCGUGCGUACAGGUCUCUAUGCCAAGUUGAAGGAGGCCAAGAAACUCCCACCAUCCGAUGCGUUGCCUCUCCCUUUCAGCACAAUUUGUCUGGUCGGCCAGACUCUCCCCAUUACGACGAAGGAGUUCCCGGAUCUCAAGCACCAGGGAUGUUUGUUCCGUCGCAUCAUUGGUACCGACAAGAUGUACUCUACCAACAAGGAAGACGAGGCGUUCAAAAACUCUGACUGGGGUCCCGAAGCAGCAAUGGCGAUGUGCGAGGAAGUCAAGGACUUUCCUGUUAUGGGCGGAGACGGCAAGGAUCUGACUCUAGGAGACCUGUUUGCCUGGUCUUCGAAAGAUUACAUUUCUAAAGCCAGUUUGGAAGAAAAGGUGUUUGAAACGUGGUACGAUGGUCGCACUGUACUCCUUGGCGAUGGUAAGCUACCAGGCACAACAAUACCAGCAAACGAUGGACGUGUCCAGUUCAGUCCUUCUGGAGGCGUGGGAGCCACCAACGCCAUGCACGACGCCAUCGUCUUGUCAAACUAUCUAAAUGGUCUGCCCCUCAACCCUACCGCCAAGGAUAUCGAAGCCGUGUUCAAGGAGUACAAGAAUGAGCGCAUCAGCUGGGUCAACAACGCCUUCGAAAGCAGCAAAGUCUUCCGUACGAUGGUUGGCCAAUCACUCAAGUCAAAGAUUAUUCGACAAUUCUUCAAGCACAUUCCUGGAUUCGUCAUGCGGAAAGUGGAGUCUCGUCAGUUCUGCUAUCGUCCUCAAGUUGCGUUUUUGCCACAGGUCGAGGACAACGGCGCCUUCCCACGGGUACAUCAGCCUAGUUUGUAUAUCAAGGGACCUCAGGCGAGAACACAGGCGGACGGAUCGUCAGAGCAGCCUGUCACUGCUGUUUGA